UCCAGCUGAUCAUCUGGAGUCCCAAAAACACGUUAAUCAGCCCUCAAAGCAGUAGUUUUCCCUCAAACUAGGCAAUUUUCGUGAUAUCACCGUGAUUUCAGUGAUGUUCUGAGGACUCUAGUGAUUUUCAAGGACUUUCUAGUGACAGAAGUUGACAACAAGGUUGAGAGGAGUGUCCUGGUGUUUAUUUACGUGUGAAAAUACCCUCCAGCUGUCAAUCAAGCGAUUCUCAAAGUCAUCUCCGGAGUCGUAGGAUUUGUUUUGCAUUUUCUGCUGAAAAAAAAAUGGGAUCGCUCACCAGCCGACAGAAUGCGGGUGUCGAAGAGGUGGAUAUCGUCUCGAAUCACGCGUACAAGUAUCCCCCCAGAUCAGGAAGCUACUUCGGAAGUCACUUCAUCAUGGGUGGGGAACGUUUCGACACACCUCAGCCGGAGGCCUACCUCUUCGGUGAAAAUCCGGAUCUCAAUUUCCUGGGGAGUCGUCCAACGCCAUUCCCUUACCCACCACCACAGGCCAAUGAUCCCACCAAAACCCUGAAGAGUCUCGUAAACAUCAGAAAAGAGUCCCUCAGGUUGACGAGAAGCUCCGACCAACACGCCACGUCCUCAGAGUCCAAUGACACCAUCAAUGCCAUCAAGCAUUUCGGAGAGAACGACGUGGACAAGAAAUCCACAAAAUUUAAUAUCGAAUUUACCUUCGAUUGCGACGUUAGAUGCGCAAUAACUGUUUAUUACUUCUGCACUGAGGAGGUUACCACCAAAGGCGUCACUUACAAUCCUCGGGACCCAUCAAUGAACUCUGAGACAUUUCAUUACAAAAAAGGUGCUAAUCAGCUGUUCACUCAGUCCUCCCACGUGUUCGAUCCGACCCUCUUCAACGAGGAGGACCUCACCUACAACACAGAUCGUGAAAUAAUUCCAAUCGCCAUUCACUGUGUGGCAGAGGAGGGCUCAGAUGAGCCCAGACAGUCUCACACAACGAUAGCUGUCGUUGAAAAACACUCGGACGGUUCCUACAUCCUCAAAGCUCUCAAGCAGAAGCUCUACGUCGAUGGUCUGUGCUAUCUACUCCAGGAGAUCUACGGAAUCGAGAACAAGAACACGGAGAAUACGAAGCAGCAGGGGAGUGACGACGACACCGAGGACAAUGGGUCUGAGUGUGUCAUCUGCAUGUGCGACGUCAGGGACACCCUCAUCCUUCCCUGCAGGCACCUAUGCUUGUGCUACGGGUGUGCUGACUCCUUGAGGUAUCAGGCCAACAACUGUCCCAUCUGCAGGGCACCCUUUCGCGCUCUUCUCCAGAUCAAAGCCCUCCAGAAGGCAACUGGUGUUGUUAUUUCCAGUCCACCACUUCCUGAGGGAAAUUGUGAGAAUAUUCCAUCGGGAUAUGAAGCUGUGUCCUUGAUCGAGGCGUUGAAUGGACCCUACACACCAAGAACAGCAGCUAUACCUCCGGAUUCACCUGACACCCCUGACACCGACACCGCGAGUGCUAUACAGGCAGCUGAGGUUCUCAAUAGAUCAGCUGAACGAACUCCAGUCCUCAAGCACGCCAAUCAUAAAGAGGGCGACCUCGGUGUGUCGUCAAGGUCAGGUGGUGUAACACCAUGCCCAACACCGGAAUUUCGGAUGUCUGUGCUACUGGCGAGGGACGAGACUCAGGUAGGACAGAAGGAACUCCAUGGAAGGUCACCUGGGGUCAGGGCAAAGGGUCAAGGUCACUGUCGAGAUAAGACUGGGCACAAGGGGAGGGAUAUGCUGCGAUUGGUCAAUGAGAAACAAUCGGCUGUUUAUGAGAGUCAGGGUCAGGAUGAGGACAGCGAAGCUGAGAAACUGUCGCCUCUCCUUGACUCAGCAACAACCAAUGACAAUCAUUCCAAUCAUCGCAUCUGUGAUAUUGACCUUGACGAUGAUAUUCCCAGUGCCGAGACCGAGGGCGAUACGGAUAUGAAUUGUCAUUCUCAUUGACAAAGACAGAUAAACGUGUACACGAAUUUAAUGUCGGAAUCUCCGUUAAUUCGGAAAAUGCAGAAUCAAUACUGAUGAUCAUCCCUGGAUUACUGGGGGUACUCGGGAAAAUAUCAGGUUUUUAAUGAUGUUUUUUAAAUCAUCACAAGUUCAUUUUUCCCUUCAUGAACAGUUUUAAUCCGCUACAUAUCUGCCUAUUUUCAUGUAAAUAUAAUAACAUUGUUAUAUUCUGGGAAUAAUUGACACGAGUUGAUCAUUGGUGUGGUGAUUCGUUAAUUAGUGAUCGAAAAUAGAGAUCAAUUCUUCUUGAUUGAAUGGGUAAAGGCAUCAAGAAAUUUCUUGUUGUUAUUGGGACGAUGAAUGAUUGUUAUUGUGAAGUUGAAUUUUUUAUUGUUGAUGCUAUUGAUUAUAAGGAGACUUCAUUUUUUUUAAUGUGCUCCCUUUGCUUAACGAAAUAAAAUCAUUGUCAGUAUUCUAAAUUUACUCUCUUCGUAUGCAUUUUUACUGCAUCGGUGAAAUCCUGUGAUUGCACCGAUUCACUCAUAGCGAUAUUGCGCAGCGUUCUGCGCAGUUGUCUCUUUGGCAAUCUAACCCCAAUAAUCGACGCAAAAUCGAACUAGAGAAGUAGAAUUUAUGAAGAAUAGAAAUACUGCAUCGAUAAAAUCUCGAAUAUCGAGAAGCAUUCAUGUAUCUAUAGUCACGUAUAAAUAUAAUUGCAGGUGCAUUUACAGAUAUAGCUGGAAUACUAACGAAUGAAGUGAUAAAACAUUUUUUAAGGAUUUAAAAAAUGAAAGUAAGAUUUAAUAUGAAUAUUUAAUAUGAAUCGGACAAAAAUCGAAAAAUCAGUAUUCUAAAUUUUUCUUUUCCUUCGCCCUUGAAACAAAUUUCACAAUUACACCGAUUCACUAAUGGAAAUCCUGCGCAGUCUUGUGCGCAGUCCUCAGUAGGAAUAUUGAGACAGAAUUUAGGCGUAAAUAUUCACGUGUGAAUAUUGAUAUAAUAAAAAGUAUGUAUACAUAUAUACUUGAAAUAUAUAAUUAAGUGGAGUAAUUGGAGCCGAAGCAUUGAAAAAAUAUUAAAAAAUCGAUAGCUGAUGAAUGAUGAGAGAAUCUUGAUCGCGAAGAUAAUGACUGGAAAAAUUGAACAAGUAUCUUAGAACAAAGUGGAAUUGUAUUAUAAAUUUUAUGUAGGUGCAGAUAAUUAACUUUAGGAUUUUUAUAUAAAAAAUUAUUCUAUUGUGAAUUAUAUCAUAUUCGUAUUAAAAUAUUCCAGACGUAAGUGUAGAUUAUUCACGUUGAAUGUCAAAUUUGUAUGUAAAUUGUAAUUAGUGGUACUUUUUGCAGUUAAACGGUAGCUAUUGAAAUAAACAUAUUGUUUAAAUCGAGGUAAUAAAUAUGCCAAAACUUUGGA